AUGUCGUUAGCCAGGAAGAGGAGGACAGAAAGGGAGGGUAGCCCAGCGCUGCCUCAGGCGACGAUUCACAGAUCUGUAUCCGAUGAUGGCAAGAUCCACCACCCUAGGCCACGACAAGCAGAAACAGAUCUCCGGUCUGAGUACCUCUUCUCAUGGGUGACCGCCCUCUCCCUCACCGUUGGCGCCUUCAUCGUCCGUUUCUGGCGCAUAUCACAUCCUGACCAGGUCGUCUUUGACGAGGUCCACUUUGGAUCCUUUGCGUCCCACUAUAUACGGCGAGAGUACUAUUUCGAUGUGCAUCCGCCAUUGGCCAAGAUGCUGAAUGGGCUGGCAGGGUGGGUGGUGGGGUUCAACGGGGACUUUGGGUUUGAGAAUAUCGGAGAUAAUUACACGGUCGCCAAUGUCCCCUAUAUCGGUCUGCGGAGCUUCUGCGCCAUCAUGGGCAGUAUUACCAUCCCAAUCGUCUACGCCAUCAUGCGGGAAUCAGGGUACCCCGUUGCCAUCUCUGCCUUCACAGCAGCUCUCAUUCUCUUUGACAACGGUCACAUCACCCAGACCCGCUUGAUCCUCCUGGACGCGGCUCUCGUCCUUUUCAUGGCCCUCUCCGUCCUCACCUACGUCAAAUUCCACCAACAACGAUACCGCGAAUUCUCCAAUACCUGGUGGUUCUGGCUGCUCGCUACUGGUGCGAGCUUGGCGUGUACGCUGGGAUGCAAGAUGGUCGGCCUGUUCACGUUCAUGAGCGUGGGAAGUGCAGUGGUAUGGGAUCUUUGGGGCAUCAUGGAUAUCAGGAGGGGACACGACAUGAAAUACGUCUGGAAACACUUUGUUUACCGAGCGAUCGGACUCAUCAUCUGGCCGUUCAUGCUGUACCUCUCGUUCUUCUGGAUCCACUUCAAGAUCCUCAAGUACUCCGGUCCAGGCGAUAGCUUUAUGAGCCCCGCGUUCCAGGAGACUCUGCAGGGGAAUGAGCUGCUUCUCAACUCGCAAGAAAUCCGGUAUUUCGACACGAUUACGAUUAAGCACAAGGACACCAAGCAGUUCCUGCACUCCCACCCCGAUCCGUAUCCUCUUCGAUAUGACGAUGGCCGUAUAUCGUCACAAGGCCAACAGGUCACCUGCUACCCCCACAACGACACCAAUAACUUCUGGCAGGUCCUCCCCACCAAGGAACUCCCCGAAAGUGGCCGUGGCCGAGUGGUCCGCCACAACGAUAUCGUCCAAUUCAAACACAUCAACACCCAAACCCUCCUCCUCACGCAUGACGUCGCGUCGCCGAUGAUGGCGACCAACCAGGAGUUCACCACCGUGAAUCCAGACGACGAGACACGGACGAACGACACCAUGUUCCAAGUGGACGUGGUGGACUCGCAUGACGGCGAGCCAUGGAAGUCCCUCUCUGGGCACUUCAAGCUCCGGCACGUCCCCACCAAGGUCCUACUCUGGACACAUGCCCAGGCGCUCCCGGAAUGGGCGUUCGGGCAACAAGAGGUCAACGGCAAUAAGAACCAGCAGGACCGCACGACCUCUUGGUUCGUCGAGGACAUUGUCGCGGACGGGACGGGUAACGAUUUCCGGAAUCGCACGAACCACGUUGAGCCCAAAGCGAUUAAACACCGGUCCUUCAUCAAGAAGUUUGUGGAACUCCAGAUCCUCAUGCUUCAGCAUAAUGCGGGUCUGACGGCGAGCCAUCCGUAUGCGUCCGAACCGGUCGAAUGGCCGUUCUGUCUUUCGGGAGUCAGUUUCUGGACAGACUCCGAGACGAGUCAGCAGAUCUACAUGAUUGGGAACCUGCUUGGAUGGUGGAUUUGCGCGGUGGGCGUGAGCGUGUUUGUGGGUGUGGUUGGGGCGGAUAUGCUCGCUAGGCGGAGAGGGCUGGAGCCUAUCGAGGAUGCGGGAGCGAGAGCUGACAUCCCGGGCAUCCGGAACCGCCUCUACCGCAACACCCUCUUCUUCCUCUUCACCUGGUCAUUCCACUACUUCCCCUUCUACCUCAUGUCCCGCCAAAAGUUCCUACACCACUACCUCCCCGCCCACCUCGCGUCCGCCCUCGUCGCCGGUAGCGUCCUCAACUUUGUGCUUGUCGAGACGGUCAACUACCCCAUCUCUGUCCCCGGCCUGCGGACACGGCUUCGGCCAGCCAUCCGUGCGCAAGUGGGUAUGGGCGGAUGGGUCGCAGUGGGUGUACUCACGGCGAUCGUGGUGGGGUGCUGGUUGUGGCUCGCACCGCUGACUUAUGGCUUGACAUUGACAGGGGAGCAAGUCAAUGCGCGGAAGUUGCUCAGUAGCUGGACGUUACACUUUGAAGCGAAGGCGCAAGACUGA